AUGGCUGCCACUUAUGGGGACCUACGGCAUCUACUUCCUGGAAAUUACAAGCGCUUGAUCUCGGCCUGGUUGGAAGAGGACUGUCCUAGUCUGGAUUAUGGCGGCUUUGUCGUUGGCGAGACGGAGGGUGAGGCGCGUUUGCUGGGGAAGAGUCAAGGUAUCGUUGCUGGUGUUCCAUUCUUCGACGAGGUCUUCUCGCAAUUGGGUUGCUCGAUUGAAUGGCAUGUCAAAGAGGGAGAAUCCAUCACCCCAAUCACCACCUGUGCUACAGUCCGCGGCCCAGUCCGCAAAAUCCUCCUGGGCGAACGCGUAGCCCUAAAUAUCCUUGCCCGCUGCUCGGGCAUCGCCACAAAAUCCGCCAGACUAGUCGCCGCCGUACGGGCACAGGGCUGGACUGGCACCCUGGCUGGAACCCGUAAGACAACGCCCGGCUUCCGCGUUGUAGAAAAAUACGGAAUCCUGGUCGGUGGGGCUGAUCCUCAUCGGCAUGAUUUGAGCCAUAUGACUAUGUUGAAGGAUAAUCAUGUUUGGGCUUGUGCUAACAAUAGCGCUGCUGCUGAUGGCGGUGGUGGUGCUGCUGCUGGUCAGAAGGGGGCGCCUUCUAUCGAGGCUAUUGCUGCUGCUAUUCCUCGUGCUGUGGUUGCUGCUAAGGCUGCUGGUGGGUUUGCGACUAAGGUUGAAGUUGAGUGUCGGAGUGUUGAGGAAGCUAAUGCUGCUAUUGGGGCUGGGGCUGAUAUUAUUAUGCUUGAUAAUUUCACGCCUGAGGGUGUGCGCGAGGCUGCGAGGGUGUUGAAGGAGGAGUGGGUGGGUAAGCAGCGCUCUUUCUUGAUCGAGGUUAGUGGCGGCUUGACUGAGGAGAAUGCGGCGGCCUAUGCCUGUCCAGACGUGGAUAUAUUGUCCACGAGUUCCAUCCACCAAGGUACGGGCAUUGUGGACUUUUCGCUUAAGGUGUCAUUGCGGUGA